GGAGUAUAGCAGGUGCAAACGAAAAGGGGGUAUUAUCAUGACAGUCGAUACGGAACCAUACUGGCCAAUGAGGAUGACAAAAAAAACGGAUGUAAGGUCGUGAACAAGUUGUGAUGAAGUAACGUGUAGCAUUGUGGGAAUGAGGUCCUAAAUUUCAUUGUGCUUCAUAUAGGUGUGGUGCUGUAAUUCGUUAUCAGUGUUUAGAGCCUACAAUAAUAUUUCGAUAUGGGGGAUAAGGACAUUAUCGUUACAGUGCUUGAUUUGCCGUUAUCAUUUACUGUCAAAUAUUUAGGUAAACACCCUGCUAAAGGACUAUGGGGAAUGAAGCACACAAGAAAACCAGUAGACUUCCUGGUAUCCCAAGCAAAAAAUCUACCAGCUGAUAUUAUAUUGCCCAUCGUCAAACUGGAGAUAUCUGAAGGAGGAAUAGAGUUCGUCGAAGUUACCGAUAAAAAACUUAAAUACACCCCUACCCAGUUCACAGUAGACAUGAUAUCUUACGGAGUGCAAGAUUUAGUUUACACGAGGGUAUUCAGUAUGAUCGUCGUGUUAGAAGACACAUUGAACCAUGGCAUACCAUUCGAAUGCCAUAGUUUUGUAUGCGAAUCUAGGGACCAAGCGAGGAGAAUUACCUAUGCUUUGGCUGCAGCUUUUCAAGAUUAUGGAAGGAGAGUGAAAGCUGAAAGUGGGAGUAGUGAGAGGCCAAUUAGGAAAUUCGCCAUUGAUUUGAGGACUCCUGAGGAACAAGCAGACGCUUCCGAUGGUGAAACAGAUGCAUAAGAUAUUAACCCCAAGUCGUCCCAAAUUUCAGUUGUUAACAGCAUGAUGAUCAAAUCGGCA